AUGUCAUUUUUGAAUAAGGUUCCUCCAAUUGUUUACGUUUCGUCUUGGUCGGCUUCUGUUGGUGGAGGCCUUGCUAGUGACUACUGGAAACCAAAGAUGGAUAGGAGUUGGAUUCGGCUAAAAGAUAGAACUUCCGACGAAUAUGUAAAAGGUAUCCAGUCUUUUAUGGCAGUAGCAAAGAAUUACACUGAUGCCAAGCCCGAAAAAACUAUGUCCAUGUCGCAAGAUGAAGCUUCCUCUAGUAUGCAGCACAAUGAAGAGCCCGAACCGGAUGAAAUGUUUGAGAUGAUAGAUAGCUUAAGUUUACCAAUACCUAUUGAUAAUGGAUCUUCAGGAGAGCCCGUGGAAAGAGCUGAUGCUAAUAAUGAUCAUCUAAAAGUAACUGAGUCAAUUUUGGGAUUAUUAGAAGAAGCAAGGAGAGAAUUACACCCAGGUUGCAGCAACAUGUCGUCCUUAAAUUUUUUGGUUAAGUUUAUGCAUAUUAAGGUGCUCAAUCAUAUGAGCAUUAAAGCUUUUAAUAUGGUGCUUAAAUUAUUAAAUGAAGCUUUUCCUAGUGCAAGUAUACCAGCAACUUUUUAUGAUGCUAAAAAGGUUUUAAAGCACUUGGGGUUGGGGUAUGAAACGAUUGAUGUAUGUAAAUAUGAUUGUGCUUUAUUUUGGAAGGAGCAUAGUAAAAGAGAUGACUACCCUGUUUGCAGCGAGCCUAGAUAUAUCUUUCAUCAGGGUAAGGGUAAAAAAGUUGCACAGAAGGUUUUGCCUUACUUUCCCUUGAAGCCUAGAUUACAAAGAUUAUUUAUGUCAAAACACACGGCAUCUGCAAUGCGAUGGCACAAGGAUAGGCACAAGGAUAAGCGCAUCGAAACAGAAGACAUACUAAGAAUCCAACGGACGCUAAAGGGUGGAAAGAUUUUGAUGGCAAGGACCAAGGCCCCCGGAAAAGAUAUCGAUGUGUAUUUGCGUCCUUUAAUAGAUGAAUUGAAGGAGUUAUGGGAAGUUGGAGCAGAUACUUUCGAUGCCUCUACAGGGAAGAGUUUCCAAAUGCAUGCCGCAGUCAUUUUAACUAUAAACGACUUUCCAGCGUUUGGGAAUUUAUCUGGUUGGAGUACCAAAGGGUACAAGGCAUGUCCAGUAUGUAAUUCUGAAUCAUCAUCUCAACGUUUGAGGAGUAAAAUAGGUUACUUGGGUCAUCGUCGCUUCUUGCCUCGUGGUCACUCGUGGAGAAGGAGCAAGCAGUUUAAUGGUAAGAGUGAUCUUCGACCUCCACCUAAAGAAUUGAAUGGAUAUGAUAUUGUAAACCAGUUAGAGGAAUUCAAACAUGUUGAGCUAGGAAAAAACCCAAAUCGUAAAAGUAAAAAAGAAAGCGUAGUGUUAGUGACAAGCUUAAUUGGGAUCUUCCCACCGGCAUUUUUUGAUGUUAUGGUUCACUUGGCUGUGCAUUUGCCGCAUGAAGCCCAAAUAGCUGGUCCUGUGAACUAUAAUUGGAUGUACCCAAUUGAAAGGUUUAUAGGAUCACUUAAGAGGUUUGUGAAAAAUAAAGCUCGUCCAGAAUGUUCUAUAGCAGAAGGAUACAUUGUGAAGGAAUCUUUAACUUACUUUUCAAUGUAUCUCCGUGGUAUUGGAACUAAAUUUAACCGUGAAGAACGGAAUAACGAUACCUCAUGUGAUGGCCAUGGUAAAAAAGGGACUUCGUUGCCUGUCUUUUCUCAAACUGCUCGUCCAAUUAGUGGUACAACUUACAAACAGUUAUCGAAAAAAGAGAUAGAAAUGGCUCAUUGGUAUCUGUUGAAUAAUUGCGAUGAGUUACGCCCGUAUUUAGAUCUAAUGUCAAUUUACAUCAACGACAAAUACAAGAAUUCCCAAAAUGGUUUAAACGACAUGCAAGUUUUGGCUUUGCGAGACAAAGGAUCAGCUGAUGCAACCGAUGAAUUAUACUCUAUAGCAUGUGGCCCGGAUUCUCGUGUGAAAUCAUAUUCAGGUUGUAUUGUGAAUGGGGUUCGGUUUUUCACCAAAUCUCGUGAUGACAUCCGUACGACCCAAAAUAGUGGACUGGUUGUAGAAGAGGAUCAUGAAGGCAAACAUGUAGAUUUUUAUGGAAUUUUAUCCGACAUCAUAGAGCUGCAGUGGUAUAAGGAUGAUCCAUUUGUACUUGCUGUCGGCCGACAAACCCAACAAGUAUUUUACCUAGAUGAUUAUAAAUUUGGAUCGAAUUGGAAAGUAGCAGAAAGGAUGCAACAUAGGAAUUUGUGGGAUGUUCCAGAACUAGAAGAGGUGGAAGAGAUAGAAGAAACAGAAACAUACAAAACCACUGAAGAAGCAUACCAAAAUAACGAGGUUUCAACCCUUUUAGAAACUGUUGAAGAAGAAGAUCUUGAUGCACGAGAAUUUAGUAGACAUGAUGCAGAAGCAGAGGUAGUAGACACACCUAUUGAUCUCAAUGAUAAUUUUAUUUAUGAUGUAGAAAGUGAUGAAGAAGAUGAAACUGCAAUCGAGUACAUUGACAGUGAUGUAGAAGUUAUCCUGAGUGAUGAUGAGAUGUAG